UAUAUACAGAGAAACGCCCUCAAAAGCCAGAAAACAUCUCACCCUGCUUGUCAAACCCAGUUUCUAGACGAAAAAGAUUUGGUUUUUCUUUCUUAUAUUGAGGAUUCAUCCAUGGAUACUGCUCAAUGGCCACAGGAGAUUGUGGUGAGACCAAUAGAAGAGAUAGUGACGAAUACAUGUCCAAAACCAGAAGGUUUAGAGAGGAAAUUAAGGUCUCAAAAGGAACAAGCUUUGAACUGUCCCAGGUGCAACUCUACCAACACCAAAUUCUGCUAUUACAACAACUACAGUCUCACUCAACCUAGGUACUUUUGCAAGACUUGUCGGAGGUACUGGACCGAAGGCGGCUCCCUUAGAAACAUUCCCGUUGGCGGUGGUUCAAGAAAGAACAAGAGACCAUCAUCAUCAUCUUCUUCUUCUAUUCCUUCUUCUUCUUUAUCAUCAUCCAAAAACCCUAAGAUCCAAGAUGGGAAAGAUCUCAACCUAGCUUUCCCUGCUGCAGCUUGUCAAGGCUAUGGGAGUAUCUCUGAAUUGGUUCAGGUUCCAAAUAGCUUAGAAAACAAUAAUAAUAAGAACCAAAUUCAUGCUUCUUCUUCUUCAUCCCCUUCUACAUCUCAACUUUCGGCUUUGGAGUUGCUAACUGGAAUCUCUUCCAGGGGGUUGAAUUCUUUCAUUCCCUUGCCGGUUCCGGUUCCGGAUCCGGAUCCGAAUACAGUUUGUACAUCUGGUUUUCCCAUGCAAGACUUUAAACCAACGCUUAAUUUCUCCCUGGAUGGGCUUGGAAGCGGCUACGGUGGUCUCCAGGGGGUUCGAGAGACAACCGGGAGGCUUCUGUUUCCGUUUGAAGAUCUAAAGCAAGUCUCGAGCGCUACUGACAUUGAGCAACAUAAAGAGCAAGGUGAUUCGGCAGGUUAUUGGACUGGAAUGUUAGGUGGAGGAUCAUGGUAAAGAAGACGAAAUUUAAUUAAUACGGGUCCUUCUUUCUUUCAUUUUACUGGGUUUUCCUUUUUUAUAACUCUGUUGAUUUCUUAAGGUGGGUUUCCUUACUAACAGAAGAUAUACAUGGGUUUCCUUCAUCUCUCUCUAUAUGAUCCUCCUCCUCCUUCUUUCUUAAUUAUAUAGUGUAUCUUGUUUACUAUUCAACUGUGGUGGGAAUUUGAAGCUUUUUUUUUUAAGGUCAGCUUCACUGAUGAAGAUAAUCUAUCAAGCUAAGCCUAUAUCUUUUUAGGGUAAAAGUGUAGGAGAGAUGAGGCAUUCAUUCUCCUCCUGUAUCAAAAUCCAGCACAAGGGCAACACUACUGAGCACAAGUACAAAGAAAUGUACUAUAAUUUUCAAGUUUGUAAGGGA